AUGGAAGAGGAGGAGGAGGAAUGGCGAAAGCAUGGCGACACAGGCGACCGGGGAGCGCAGGACAACAGCAGCGCGCGCAACUACAGUUUGUUCGCCUUCCCCGGUGAGUGCAACUUUUCGGGAGCCAAGUACUCGCUGGAGUGGGUCACGCGCUACCACAACAAGCGAGGCGAAGACAAGACGUGGCUCGUGCUGGUCGACGCAGCAGCGCUGGCCGCAAACACGCCAAUCGACUUGACAAAGUAUCCGGCCGACUUCGUGGUGACAUCGUUCUACAAAAUCUUUGGUCACCCGACGGGCAUCGAAAGCGCCGCACUGUUAAACAAGACCUUCUUCGGAGGCGGAACCGUGGAGGCGUCGCUUAGCACGGAGAGGUACCACGUGCUGCGGAAGUCUGCCUCAGAGCGAUUCGAAGAUGGCAGCACGCAGGGUCCGAUAGUGGCCUUCAACCUGCGCAAGGCGUCGGGAGAGUGGGUGGGCUACAAGGAGGUCGAGCAGUUGGCGGGGAUGGAGAACAUACACAUACGGACGGGCUGCUUCUGCAAUCCCGGCGCCUGCCACUACUAUCUGGGCCUCACGUCCGCCGAAGUCAAGCAAAACCUUGCGGCCGGUCAUGUUUGCUGGGACGGCCACGACGUAAUGAAUGGGAAACCCACCGGCGCCAUCCGGGCCUCGAUCGGUUACAUGACUUCCUGGGAGGACAUCGACUAUUUCGUGGAGACUGCGCCUGCGCUGGCCACCGUCGGAGCGCUGAAUUCAGAGGCGCACAAGGAGCUUGACCUCCGCCUCUCGGGUCUGUUCGUCUAUCCGAUCAAGUCUUGCAAAGGGUUCGAGAUCAGCGGCGAGUGGGAGAUAGGAGAUCACGGAUUUGUAUAUGACAGGGAGUGGAUGAUUGUAGAUGAGACGGGGUCCGGUAUCAACCAAAAGAAGGUGAGCAAGUUGUGUCAGAUUCAGCCUACAGUGGAUAGGGAGCAGGGCAAGCUGCACAUCGAUGCACCGGAAAUGGAGCGCCUCUCGCUUGACCUUGACCGCUUCCCCGAUGAGGAAAUUGCGCUGGACGUGCCGGUGUACGGCGACGAAGAGGUGAAAGAAUGGUGCACCCUGGUGCGCAAAUCCCCAACCAAGCUGCGCAAGGCUGGCCGGAGCCGGGGCGGACAGACGGAGGACGAAGCGGAGGGGCCGAGGCGAGAGAUAGCGUUCGCCAACGAAGGGCAGUUUCUGCUGGUGUCAGAGAACUCGGUGGACGACCUCAACCUGCGACUGCGCGCCAAGGCCAGUCCGCUCCAGAUGGAGGCCACCCGCUUCCGCCCCAACAUCAUCCUCCAGCGCACGCCGUCCCUCCCGCCCUACGCCGAGGACGCCUUUGCCCGCAUUCCCGCCUUUGACCAUAGGCUAACCCUCGCUCGGCUUGGGACUAGGCCUUGGGACUGCACGUUCGACAAGGAGCCCCUGCUCACUCUCGCCUCGUACCGACGGAACAGCGUACUGAUGAGACCAAACAUCGAAGAUUUUGACAAGAUGGAUGAGCUGCCGCCAGAGGUCUGGCAGUGCAUGUUUCAGCACCUGCUCGAGGGGGUGGGUCCCCAGCGCUCUCUGCUCGAGGCGCUAUCGUGCGCCGCCGUGUGCCGCCGUUGGCGCGCCAUGGCCCAUGCCGGGGUGGGAGGCGAGCUCGACCUCUUUCCCUGGCGCAAGGCGCUGGGCGAUGCGCAAGUGGCCCAGGUCGCGGGGCGCUUCGUCCACCUCACGGCCCUCUCCGUCUCUCGCUGCCCGGGCGUGACCGACGCCUCCCUCCACGCCAUCGCCUCCAGGUGA